CGUUCGARGUUAAAACGACAACCCUUGAAUCACGACCUCGGAGUUUUGGAUGUUUGUUAGGAUUUUUGGUUUUGCUGUGAAUUAAGGCGAAGUUUCCAAAUUUCGUCAGUACAACAAUUUUAUACAUAUAUAUCUCUAAAAGAAAGYGCUUUUGAAGCAUUUGAUACUUAGUCGCAGAAAAAAMCGAAAUCCGUCAAACGAAAUUCAAACUUCGAGGACGCAAUACAAAUGUUUCCGCUGUGGCUAAAARUAAUUCCGCGUAACUACUGAAGUGUUGCGUUACAUGACUGUAACACAACAGUCCAUCAAUCAACUGUCAGAUCACUCUAUCAACAUCAAACGUUCGGUUUCUUCCGUCUCAUCGAUCUCAUCAUUGUAGAAUUCGAAUUUUUAAGAUGAAGUUUUAUUUUGCAUUCGUUUUGGUGGUUUGUGUUGAUGUUAUGAUGUGUUCAGAAGCCGCCGAACAGAAACUGACUGAACACGAAAACAAUGAAUCAGRAAACAGCGAAAGCGAACCAUUCGAUCAUUCGGCGUUUUUACAAAUCGAUGAUACAGCGGAUAUGCACAUCCAGAAUUCUAAGGAAAGUAAGCUGAAAAUGAGAAAACUAAUACGAGAAAUAGACAUUGACAAAGAUGGAAAACUCUCUGAGAAAGAGCUGGGAGACUGGAUCAGAGACGUAAUGAACAGUUAUCUUGUGAGCGAAGGAGAGAAUCAGAUGCCAAAAAUUGACAAARAUAACGAUAAACACGUGACCUGGGAGGAGUAUAAAGMAGCAGCUGGAUACAGUAAAGGUGAACAAGUGGAACACAGAAAGAGCUCCGAAGAAAUGAAGAAACUUGACAAACAGAAGUUUGAUUUGGCUGAYAGCGAGCACGAUGGCAAGCUAUCUUCUUAUGAACUUGGUGUAAUGAUUCACCCUAAUGAAUCACCUGRUAUGACKCCUGUCGUUGUCAGUGAAUUUAUUGCUGGCAUGGAUCAAGACAAAGAUGGAAAGGUUUCCGCCCAGGAAUUUUCUGGUUUUGCUGAUAAUGUGCCAUCAGAGAUUGAUGGAUCUUUUAAAAACUUUGACACUGACAAAGAUGGUUUCUUGGAUUCGGUAGAAGUAAGAGCUUGGUUGGCUCCUAAAGACAAACAUCCUUUCCAGAUUGAUGUUGAAAAUCUUACACAAGAAAUCGAUGAUAACAAGGAUGGAUUUUUGACAGAAAAAGAAAUCUUCAAACAUUAUGCUGUUUUUGCCACUAGCCGAGCMACAAAGUACGGUAGACUCCUGAAACCAGGCAGCAAGACAAAAAAGUCGAAAGAAAGAGAAACCAGGAGAAAACAAAACGACGAAACCGGGCGAAAACAAAACGAUGAACUUUGAUGACGUUCAAAGUUUUUAGUGUUCGAAAUUAUACGCACAGCAUUCUACACUAUAGCUAUAUGAUAGUAUACGCACAGCAUUCUACACUAUAGCUAUAUGAUAGUAUACGCACAGCAUUCUACACUAUAGCUAUAUGAUAGAAUACGCACAGCAUUCUACACUAUAGCUAUAUGCUAAUGUCAUGCAGUAUAUUUUCGAUGUUUUCAUUCUAUGGUAUUGCUGGGAGAAAACUCAAAACCUUUUGAAUCACUCGCUUCAACCUUCCUCGUUUUCUCCUAACAUUAAUACGAAUUUCUAUUAGAGAAUGGAAACACGGAAAAAUAUUCAAAUAACAACUUAUUCGCUUGAAAGCCGUUUUUGCUCUCAUAGCUACACGGUUUUUUACACACUUCGACCAUUGAAUGCACGCGAUAGUUAUUGCAGUAGUUUCGUGUGCAAUCCUAUGGUUUUGAGCUCUUCUGUUGAAAAAAAAACAAGCAAAAAA